UUUAUACUUGUUUAAAUAUGCAUUGUGCAUUUGUUUUUGUGUUUAACAUUUGCAUGCAUCCGCAGUGUAUAAUGGAAACAAGGGCUUUAAUGGUGUGAUUAGAUAGCAAUCAUAAUUGCGAAUGCCAGCAUGAUUGAUGCUUCACAUAUCGAUUAAUAAUGAAAUGCUCAAUGUUUCAUAUAACUGUUCUGUAAUUUAAGUGUUAGUAUUUUGAUUAGCACUCUUACCACAUUAAGAGCACAUGGCAGCAUGUCCGCGUAUGGAAUUGUGUUUUCUUUGGGUGAAAUAACAAACUUGAAGGUUCGCUCAAGAAAAGCUUUAAGGCAACAAGCGCGGCAGGCCGAUGCUGUUGACGGAAAUGGCUACAUGCAGGCGAGGGCCAAGCGCUCACGACUUCCGUUCGAAAACUCCGGAGGAUCACACAGAAAGCUGUCGGAGCUGGAAGAGGACUUUAUCUACGCGGCAGAGUUCGGAGACAUCCCGACAGUACAAAGGAUCCUCGAGGAGAACCCGGCCCUCAAUGUGGACUUCAACGACAUCCUGGGCCGCACGCCCCUCCGCCUCGCCGUUGGCAAUGAACACCUCGAGGUUGUCGAGCUAUUACUGGACAGAAGCAACUUGGCCAACAUUUACGAAGCCCUCUUACAAGCAAUUAGUUCCGGCCACGAACAGAUAGCGGAAUCCAUAUUAAAACAUCCAAAGUACCAGGGUAUGAAGAAAGAGCAUAAACAUUUUGGCGAGACCGAUCACUUCUUCAACAACGCCAAGGAAGACUCUCCAUUCUCGGCGGAUAUCACUCCAUUAAUAUUAGCAGCAGAAAGAAACCAGUUUGAAAUUGUUCAGUUAUUGUUGUUACGAGGGGAGACCAUUAAGAAGCCUCACCAUUAUUAUUGUAACUGUCAAGAGUGCAGCAAUAAGUUGGAGUUUGACCAGCUGAGAUUGGCUAAAACCCGUCUCAAUGCGUACCGGGGGCUCUGUAGCGGCGCGUACAUUUCACUGUCCAGUAAAGAUCCUAUUCUCACAGCGUUUGAACUUGCUAGAGAGCUCAGGGAUGUUGCAAGGGUCGAAAAAUACUACAAGACGGAGUACCUGGCGCUCGCGGAUCAGUUGAGCCUUUACGUUGUCCAGCUGUUAGACAAGGUUCGCGGCCACGACGAGCUUGAGAUCCUCAUUAACAAAACGGGCAGAGACAGUGACCAGGAGACGUACGAACGGCUCGCUAGACUCAAACUCGCCAUACAGUAUAAUGAGAAAAAGUUCGUUGCCCAUCCAAGCUGCCAGCAGAAGUUGGUCAGUAUCUGGUACGCGGAGUUGCGGGCCCUGGAGCGCUCCAACUGGUUUUUCCGAACAAUCAUCGUCUCCCUUAUCACCCUGGCCUACCCCUUCUUCUGCAUUAUGUAUCUCAUCGCACCAAAAUCACAGAUUGGACGGUUUCUGAGGUACCCUUGUAUAAAGUUCAUCGGUCAUACAAUGUCGUUUGUUGCCUUCCUCGUCAUGCUGUUGACCUCGAGUAUGGCGGAAAAUCCUUCCGCGCUGGUUUCCCUGAAAUACUUCAAAACACAACACCACUAUUACAACAAUAACUACAGAUGUUACUCCAUGUACAACUUCACGGGUAAUCAGAGUCUGCCUGAAAACUUCAAACUUCGCUCGUUCACUCCGCAAGUUAUUAAUGUGAUACUCUCAGUCUGGAUAAUAGGCAUGUUGUGGCAGGAGCUGAAGCAAGUGUACAGUGGUGGCAUCUACAACUACUUUGACGCCCUCUACAACUGUCUUGACUUUGCUGUUCUCGCACUCUACAUCACUUCAUUCACACUUAGAUUUCUUACACUUAUGAAGGUCAGACAAGCAUUAGAAUAUUUUGAAACUGAAGACAGCUGGAGAAAAUUAAAAUUGCAAGAAUCGGAGGCGGAGGAAAAUUUCUACUGGUUAAUAGCAGACCGCCUUUACUGGGACACCUGGGACCCCCACAUUAUCGCCGAGGGCCUGUUUGCCAUCGCCAACGUGAUCAGCUUUACCAGGUUAUCCUACAUCUUCCCAGCCAAUGAGCUGUUCGGACCCAUGCAGAUUUCCGUCGCUCAAAUGAUCACCGACAUUUUGAAGUUCGGUGCUGUGUUCUUUGUAUUCUUCACUGCGUUCUUCGUGGGCUUGCACAACCUCUACUGGUACUAUCCAAAAGACGUGAGGGGUAAAGUCGAACUAGUGAAGACUGACAUUCAGACGAACGCGGAAAUGAACUUUGGCGUCCCACACAUCACAUUCCGGACAGUGUUCUGGUCGCUGUUUGGGCGGGGUGAACCGACGGCGGUCCAGGUGGAACCCUUUGGCCACAAAUUUACGGAGACCAUUGGCUACUGGAUAUUCGGCGUCUACAAUUUCUGUACAGUCAUCGUUCUGCUUAACAUGCUCAUUGCCAUGAUGUCAAGGUCGUUUGAAUUAAUUCAGCGCGAGGCGGACACUGAGUGGAAGUUUGCCCGCAGCAAGUUAUACAUGGAGUACAUCAUCGACGACUCCACCCUGCCCAUCCCCUUCAACAUUAUCCCCUCCCCUAAGACUUUCUACUACAUGCUCAAAUCUGUGUUCGGGUGUUGUUGCUCGGGAGAUGACGAGGACGGGGCCAUUGCUCACCCGGGCAGAGUUGUCGACUUGGAGAUGUUCCCUGCAUCGUCGAACGUCAACCAGACCCGACGGAAAGGGAAUGUACAGCAAUCUUGGGAUGAACAGGAACAGAGAGCGGGCCAAGGGAUCAAACAUUUCCAGGAGAAAAUGCAUACAACUAACGGAUUUGUCCGGAAUGACUCCGAUCCAAACAUAUUUGCAGAGAAUCUUACAUAUAAGAGAGUGAUGAAACGAAUUGUCAAACGAUACAUAUUCGACGAACAGCGAGAAAAUGAUGCAAACGAUGAUUUCGAUGAAAUAAAGCAGGACAUUUCCAGUUUCCGGUACGAAAUGUUGAACCACAUUUCCGUGCGUCAAAAUGAAACGGCUGAAAACAAGGAUCGUUUAGACAAACUUACCUCAAAGAUGGACCUUAUCCUAACACAACAACUUCAGCUGCUACGGUUAAUGGGAGAGAAACCUUCCUUGCAGGAGUCGCUGAGCAGCACUUCCACGCUGUCAUGUGACAGGGAUACAUAUAUUGGUUCGUCGUUGGAGCGUUCGGCUUCAGUGACAAGUUCAAUUUUGGAGGACGACGAAGAGACUUUUUUACCGAAAAAGAAGCCCGAUCUUCAAGACAUUCCAGAGGAAGCAGCUAGCGAGCAUCCAGAGGAAGACAAAGGCUAUAACUCUAAACAAGAGCAGGACAAAAGGACUGCCUCUUUAAAACAAGUCGUUUCCAGACACCGGAAACCUAGUAGUGAGGACGACCCCGAGCCUACAGAAGGGGGAGUAGCCACUAAGGACAUUAUGGUGGAUGUUCAGAUCAGUCCGCUACCCAAGAAUGGUGACAAAAGGCAUAGAAAGACUUGAACACAGUGGUGUCUUUUGAUGGGCAGAGUUGUGAUAAAGACUGUUUGUUUGACUGUUAUUCUAAUACAUGUUAUCCCAUUCGUUGCUUAGUUACAUUGCAAGACAUUUUGUUUCCACAAAAGCAUUGCUUUGCUCAUUUACCGGAUGUAUGGACCACGUGAUUUAUAUUAACACAAGUUUUGCAUUUAUUUCAUAAUUUCGGAUUUUCCUUAUUAUUGUAUAUUUUAUUUCAUUUUGUCUACGCCUUAAUCUGCAGAAUGUAUCACUCUUUUAUAUAUUGGAGCAUUAUUCAAUUUUAUUCCUUAUUUCAGAUUUUAGUCUAGCAUCAUUUAAGGUUUGUUUUGCGGUUUUAAUUAACAGUUUCUCAGAUUUUACAAUGUUUAACUAGGUUUGGUGAAAGAUCUUCUCUGUACAGUAUUGUCAAGUCAUGUUUUAAACUUUGCAAAGACAUUGAUCGCGAAUUAUGAAAAAUGAGUCUUCACUGUUAAGAAAGCAUGAAUAUUAAACCAAAUGUGAUAUUUUAGUUUAGAAAAGUUUGAUGUGUUUUACUGAAAUUGUCAUUGAGUUAUUUGAUCCUAUAGCAAUGCCAUGACCGAUUCCAAUAACAGUUUUACAGAUAACAAAUGAAGUGUCAUUGUUUUAAUGAAUUUCAAUUGUACAUUUUAAACAUUCAAUGCAUAAUGUGUUUAAUGUUAUAACGCUCAUUUCCAUUCCUGUUCAUUCAUGUUGAUCAAAUCAUUUAUAUUUGUUUCAAAACAUAAUAAGUACUCAAUGGG